CUUGCGGAAAUGACUGUAGGGGUCGGGGAGGAGCGGUUAGCGUGAAAAGUCAGAUGAAUUUAGCUUCGGUAGUUGGCUAAGAAGAAAUACAUUUCAAGUGCCAAUGCACUUUCAAAAAACCAUCUUCAACUGAAUCGGAUAUAGUCAUAUCACUGCAAAAUUGUGAUAUAUAGCUAGCUAGGAUGUUACAAAGGAAACAUUAACUUGUUGUAGCUAGCUAUAGAAGGAUACAAACUAGCUACUUCGCGCUGACUUGACAAGCAAAGAAGAUAACAAAGACAUUUUGGGAAAUUGUAAUAUGAAAAAAGACGUGUCUGGGACAUUAGGAUUUGUCUCUCAAAAAGACAUCGUCUACAACAAACUUCUGCCAUAUGCGGAUAUAUUAGACGACGAGUCCAAUGACAUUUUAGGUCAAAUCAAAGGGAACUUGGGACGGGCUGUCCAGCUUCGAGAGAUAUGGCCGGGUGUCUUGUUUUGGACAAGGAAACUUUCCACGUACAUACGGCUGUACGGCAGGAAGUUCAGCAAGGAGGACCAUGUGCUGUUCAUCAAGCUGCUGUACGAGCUGAUCACCAUCGACAAGCUGGAAAUCAGUAUGAUGCAAGGCCUAGCCCGGCUACUCAUCAACCUCCUCAAGAAAACAGAGUUGCUGUCGCGUGAGGACCUGGAGUUGCCUUGGAGACCACUGUACGAGCUGCAUGACAGGAUCCUCUACUCAAAGACAGAACACCUGGGCCUCAACUGGUUCCCCAAUUCUCUACGGCCUCGUGCUUCCUCUAAACACAUAAUGAUAAAAUUGUUUCAGAGGUGCUCGGUGGAAAACGUUCUGAAAACACUUGUGAAAAGCUGCAGACCGUAUUUUCCGGAGUCGGCCACCCAGGAGAUGUUGGAGGAGUGGCGUCCACUGCUCUGUCCAUUUGACGUGACCAUGCAGAGAGCAAUAGGAUACUUAGAGCUCUUCCUUCCCACCACCCUACCCCCAGAGCUGCACCACAAGGGCUUCAAGUUGUGGUUUGAUGAGCUCAUCAGCUUGUGGGUGGCAGUACAGAACCUUCCAGGUUGGGAGGUGCAUCUUGUCAACCUGUUUGCCCGCUUGGCCAACGACAACAUUGGCUACAUUGACUGGGACCCAUAUAUACCCAAGAUCUUCACCAGAGUGCUGCGUAGUCUGAACCUCCCGGUGGGGACCAGUCAGAUGCUGGUUCCCAGAUACCUGACAAACGCCUACGAUGUCGCACACGUGGUCCUCUGGGUCUCAGCUUUACUGGGAGGCCCCAGUAAACAAGCCCAGGCACAGCUCAGUGGCCUUUUCAACAGCAUCACGUCUUUCUUCCACCCAUCCAACCAUGGACGCUGGCUGAUGAAGUUGAUGAAGCUGCUGCAGCGCCUCCCGGCCAGCGUGGUAAAACGGCUCCACCGGGAGCGCUACCGGAAGCCCACGUGGCUCACUCUGGUACCGGACAGCCACAAGUUGACGGAGGCAGACAUCACGGCGUUCGUGGAGAGUAUGAUGCAGCCGGUGCUGCUGGCCAUGUUCAGUAAGACGGGCAGUCUGGAUGCUGCUCAGGCCCUACAGAACCUGGCCCUCAUGAGACCUGAACUUGUCAUACCACCAGUGCUGGAGAAAACCUACCCUGCUAUGGAGACCCUGACAGAGCCCCACCAGCUGACUGCCACCCUGAGCUGUAUGAUUGGUGUGGCUCGCAGCCUGGUGUCUGGGGGGCAGCGCUACCCUGAGGGCCCCACACACAUGCUGCCCCUCCUCAUGAGGGCUUUGCCCGGUGUUGACCCCAAUGACUUCAGCAAGUGCAUGAUAACAUUCCAAUUCAUUGCUACGUUCGUUACUCUUGUGCCUUUGGUGGACUGUUCCUCUGCUGUUCUUGAAAGGAGCGACCUGACAGCGGUGGAGAGAGAGAUGUGCUCAGCCUCUGCAGAGUUUGAGGACUUUGUUCUUCAGUUCAUGGACAGGUGUUUUGCCCUGAUAGACAGCAGUACUCUGGAGCAGACCAGAGAGGAGACAGAGACAGAGAAGAUGACCCAUCUGGAGAGCCUGGUGGAGCUGGGACUAUCUUCUACCUUCAGCACCAUCCUCACACAGUGCUCUAUAGACAUCUUCAAGGUGGCUCUGGAGAAGGUCUUUAACUUUGCCACCACCAAUAUCUUUGAGACUCGUGUGGCUGGCAGGAUGGUGGCUGACAUGUGCAGAGCAGCCUCCAAGGUUCACCCUGCACAGUCUCUGAAGCUUUUGGUACCACACUGCUGCAAUGCCAUAAACCAGCUCGCUGUCAAUGAGGAGGUGUUGAGUGAGGAGGAACUGGAUAAGGAGUUACUAUGGAACCUUCAGCUACUGUCAGAGGUGACUCGUGUGGACGGGGACAAGAUCCUCCCCUAUAGCACCCAGCUGGUUCAGAUCCUGCAGCUGACCCUCCAUCUGAAGUGUAAACAGGGCUACACGCUGGCCUGUAACCUGCUGCAUCAUAUCCUGAGGUCUACAGCCCUCAUCUACCCCACAGAGUACUGCAGUGUACCAGGAAGCUUUCAGCAGCCCACACAGGACUACCUGCCCAUCAAGGACUGGGGUCGUCCGGGGGACCUGUGGAACCUGAAUAUCCAGUGGCACGUCCCCGGUGUGGAGGAGACCAGAUUUGUGUUCUAUGUUCUGGACCUGAUCUUACAGCCAGAGCUGCUGCGACUGCAGAGAUACGCCCAGGGGGAACGGGACAUGACCAGGGAUGACGUCCUGCAGAGUUUGUCUAUCGUACAGCACUGCCUUCUGGGAGCAGGAAGUCUGUUUCCACCACUGCGAGGAGAGCCCAUCCCAGAACUGGUGACUAGCAUGGUGAAUCUGGGUGAGACCAACCUCUUCACAGGAGUGUCCUAUGAUGUGUCCAGAGAGAACUACAGAGAUGCUAUCUGUAGAGUGAUGAGGCAGUUGCUACAUCACAUUCUGGAACACUCCGAGGAUGACACCAAGUCUCUAUUCUCCAUCAUCAAGAUCAUCAGUGACCUGCUACACUUCAAAGGCUCCCAAAAACACGAGUUUGACUCUCGCUGGAAGAGCUUCAACCUGGUCAAGAAGUCCAUGGAGAACAGGCUUCGUGGCAGGAAGCAGCACAUCAGAGCCCUACUGAUCGACAGAGUUAUGCUACAGCAUGAGCUUCGUAAGCUAACAGUGGAGGGGUGUGAGUACAGGAGUAUCCACCAGGAACUGAUGAGGGAUCUGCUGAGGCUGUCCACCAGCACCUACAGUCAGGUGCGUAGCCGGGCUCAGAGUGUGCUCUUCACGGCUCUGGGAACCUACAACUUCUGCUGCAGGGACGUGAUCCCUCGCGUGCUGGAGUUCCUGGAGCCAGACCGCUCCGAUGUCACACAGCAGCAGUUCAAAGGUGCCUUAUACUGUCUCUUGGGGAACCACAGUGGGGUGUGCCUUGCUAACCUGCACGACUGGGACUGCAUCACCCUGACCUGGCCUGCCAUCGUCCGCUCAGGACUCAGCUCAGCUAUGUCCCUGGAGAAGCCCUCCAUCGUCCGCUUGUUCGACGACCUCGCUGACAAGAUUCACCGCCAGUAUGAGACCAUCGGCAUAGACUUCGCUAUCCCAUCAGAAUGCCGUGCGGUGGCGGUGCAGCUCCAGACCUCUGGUGUUCCUCUGCCCCCGGAACCUGUCCCCUCAGACCAUGAAGAAGCAGAGGGCCUCAGGAAGCAGGUGGAGAAGAACUUAGACUCUGAACAGAAAUAUGACAAGCUGGUUGGUGAACUUCUGGACCGCCUCAAUGACAGAAACAUGCCCUGGAAGUUUGAGCACAUUGCCAUUGGCUUCAUGUCUCUGUUACUGAGGGACGACCACCCCCUCCCCUCCCCCGCUGUCCUUUUCUUCGUCAAGAGCCUCAACCAUGACUCCCUCCUGGUCCGCAAGGUGGCGAUAUCAGCCGUGGCAGGGAUCAUGAAGCAACUCAAGAGGCCACACAAAAAAGUACCAGUCAGCCCCAACACGCUCUGUGGUAUGAAAGAGCUGGCUGGUCUGAUAGCAGGAGACAGGCCUGAUAACCAGUGGCUCCAGUAUAACAGUAGCAGUCUGCCUCGUACCCAGCAGGACUGGGAAGGCUGUACGUUUGUAGAGAAGACCCACUGGGGAUACUUCAGCUGGCCACAGAAACUCAUGAUGUACGCUCCUUCUGAGGAGCAGCCCAAACAAGGACUGACCAGGGAGGAGAUGACAGAGCGAGAGCAGAUAAUCUACGACCACUUCUCAGACCCAGGGUUCAUCAACCAGCUGAUUGAGUUCCUCUCUCUGGAGGACCGCAAGGGCAAGGACAAGUUCAGUCCCCGCAGGUUCUGCCUUUUCAAGGGUCUGUUCCGGAACUUCAACGAUGCCUUCCUGCCCCUGUUGAAACCACACAUGGAGCGUCUGGUGGCCGAUACACACGAGAGCAAACAGCGUUGUGUAGCUGAGAUCACCUCUGGACUGAUCAGAGGCAGCAAGCACUGGAGCUAUGGCAAGGUGGAGAGUCUGUGGGAGCUGCUGUGUCCUCUGAUCCGUACAGCUCUGAACAACAUCACUGUAGAAACCUACGCUGACUGGGGCACCUGCAUCGCCACAGCCUGUGAGAGCAGAGACCCCAGGAAGCUCCACUGGUUGUUUGAAAUGCUGAUGGAAUCUCCAGUCAACGGGGAGGGGGGAUCCUUCGUAGAUGCCUGUCGUCUGUAUGUGCUGCAGGGAGGCCUGGCUCAGCAGGAGUGGAGGGUCCCUGAGCUGCUCCACAGACUGCUGCAGUACCUAGAGCCCAAACUCACACAGGUCUACAAGAACGUCCGUGAGCGCAUCGGAAGCGUCCUCACCUACAUCUUCAUGAUAGACGUCAACCUGCCAUACACCCAGCCCACGGCCUCGCCCCGCAUCAAGGAGUUCACAGAGCGAGUACUGCUGCGCCUCAAACCCCUGACGGAGGGGGAUGAGGAGAUCCAGAACCACGUGGUAGAGGAGAACGAUGUGGGGGAGCAGGACGAGAGGACACAGGCCAUCAAACUACUGAAGACAGUACUCAAGUGGCUGAUGGCCAGUGCUGGACGCUCCUUCUCCACGGCCGUUCCAGAGCAGCUCCAGUUGCUACCACUGCUGUUCAAGAUCGCUCCGGUGGAGAAUGAUGACAGUUAUGAUGAGCUGAAGAGGGAUGCUAAGACCUGUCUGUCUCUGAUGUCCCAGGGACUACUCUACACAGAGCAGAUACCACUGGUCCUGCUGGCCCUGCAAGAGAUAGCAGGCAGCAGUUCGUGGCAUGCACGCUACACGGUGCUGACGUACCUACAGAUCAUGGUCUUCUACAACCUGUUCACCUUUAUGAGCGACCAGGGAGCCGUCAACGACGUCAGAGCACUGGUCAUACGCCUACUGGAGGACGAGCAGCUGGAGGUGAGGGAGAUGGCUGCCACCACUCUGAGCGGUUUCCUUCAGUGUAACUUCCUGUCCAUAGAGGGCCCCAUGCAGAGCCACUUUGAGGCCCUCUGCAAGACCCGCCUGCCCAAGAAGAGGAAGAGGGAGCUGGGCUCCGUGGUGGACACCAUCCCUUCUGGAGAUCUAGUGAGGCGACAUGCUGGAGUGUUAGGUCUGAGUGCCUGUAUCCUGUCCAGCCCCUACGACGUUCCCAGCUGGAUGCCCCAGCUACUGAUGAACCUGAGCGUCCACCUCAACGACACACAGCCCAUUGAGAUGACUGUGAAGAAGACCCUGUCUAACUUCCGGCGGACUCAUCAUGACAACUGGCAGGAACACAAACAGCAGUUCACUGACGACCAGCUGCUGGUUCUGACCGACCUGCUGGUCUCUCCCUGCUACUAUGCCUAGAUACCUGGGCCCUGGUACAACUUUCAGAUGGAGAUUGUUAUGUUUUCUUAACGGAGGAACGACACCCUGAAUGCCCUCUCUGAGCCACUCAACAGUUCCUCACUCUGUUAUUAGUCUGGGAAAGCCUCAGACUGAACAGAACAGGGCCUUAUUCACAAAGCGUCUGAGUACAAUUGCUGAUUUAGGAUCAGUUUUGCCUUUCAGAUCGUAUUGAAUACCAUUAUAUGGACAUGGUGACCUGAUCCUCGAUCAGCAGCGCUACUCUGAGACGCUGUGUGAAUACCAGAACAGACGAGCCUGCAUGAGGGGAGACGGGCCUCACGUCCAGGUCCCUGCCCUCUGACCAGACCAACGGACGACACCUGGGUCGUUUUCACUAGGCACCAAACGUAAUGAAACGAGGAGGAACUACCUGGAUGUUUCCUUAGAAAAAGGUUUUUGCUACGUUGUGCCAUAACGAAUACAACCCUGUACCCUGAGGACCUUGAGAAGGGGGAGGGGGGAAUAUGCAUACGUAAUGGAUGGAUGGAAUAAAAUAGAGUUGUGUAUUUGUUUUAGUGCUCAUUUACAUUUCUACUAUACUUAAUAUUUAAGGAUAAACCAUAGCAUGGAUGAUUGAUCUGCAGUUUGUAAUAUUACUGUAAUAUUACUGUAAUGUUACUGUACAGUUGAUUUCUCUUGUUCUUUUCCUUUGUGUGUCUGUGGGGAAGUGGAAUGCUUGACGAAGAUGCCUGCAGGUUUCCCCCCUAUCUCUGGUCCAACAUGUAGUGCGUGUUCCCCCAUUAGUGCACCACUACGCCGUAGGACCAGAGCUAGUUUCCCCCGUACUAUUGCUCUCAGUACAACAUCCCCUCAAUGUUAUCAACUCUGCACCAACUAACUAUAUUAUCCCACUAGAGCAAGGCUCUCCAGUCCUGUUCCUGGGGAGCUGCCGUCCUGUACGUUUUCACUAUGACCCUAAUCUAGCACACCUGAUUCUAAUAACUACGUGGUUGAUCAGCUGAAUUAAGAUAGUUACAACUGGGGUUGGAGUGAAAACCUAGCUCCCCAGGAACAGGUAGCUCUCCAGGAACAGGGUUGGAGUUAAAACCUACAGGAGGCUAGCUCUCCAGAAACAGGGUUGGAGAGACCUGCUCUAGAGGAUAGGAACCAUAUUGUCCCAGGUCUCCAGUGAAGUGUUCUUAGCCACAGUCUAUGUGUUCAGAUGAUCGUUCAUUAUCAUUUAGAUUAGGAGUGUUUCACAAAUGGACUCUUUUCCUUUUAGUGCACUACUUUUGACCAGGGCCCAUAAGGCUCUGAUCAAAAGUAGUGCACUAUAUAGGGAAUAGGGUGUCAUUUGGGACAUUUUAACCUGGCACACACAUUUACAUACUUGGAUGUUUGUGUACUUUGUUUAUCUCUGCUAUAUGCAUAUUUUAUUAUGUGUAUAUAACAUGUGUAUGUAACAUAAAUGCACAAACAUGUUUAUUUAUUUGUUUGAAGUGCUGAUUUUAUUAUUCUUAGAGUUGCUGGUAAUGAAAGCUUUUGGUUUGUGAGUAGAUUGUUCAGCUUGUUAGUGACGGAGCAUUUGAUGUAAUCUGCUCUCGCUUGGGCAAUGAUGACUAUAUAGCAGAGUGAGUGUGUGAGUGUGUGUUCAUUCCUCAAGGCUAUGUGCACGGUUUUCAGCUGAUGAGUACAGUUUAAUCAUCAUGGCAUGUCUAAACCCCUCUCAAAAUCCCAAGGGACUCGUUUCCCGGACACAGGUCAAGCCUGGUCCUGGACUAAAAAAACAUGAUAAUUGGAGAGUCUCCAUUGAAACAAAGCUUUUUAGUCCAGGACUAGGCUUGAUCUGUGUCUGGGAAAUGGGGCCCAAGGAAUAGCCAAACAUCCUGUCCACCACCUUAGCAUCGCACCCCUUCCCCUCUACUCCUCAAUAUAACAUUGUUCUCCAUUCUUUUUUAAAACCCCUAGUGAGAGAUUUAUUUUGGAUUCAAUAUUUACUUUUCCAUGAAGACUUGAAAAUCUAGUCGCAUUGGUUCAGUGUAGUACUUCACACCUGUUCAGUGUAGUACUUCACACCUGUUUAGUGUAGUGCCAAAACUGCAGUGAUUCUUUUUAGAUGUACUGUUUUCUGAAGAAAAUAAAGAAAUUCAUGGAGUUUGUAACAAA